CGUAUGAUUUUUGGAUAACGCCGAAGAAUCUGUCGCGCAUAAAGCAACACGCGAAUAAGGUCGUGUUGCAAUUCUGUGUUCGUCAAUUUGUAAAUUUUUCUGUAGACUCUCUGUUGAUCGGUUGUUGUUGUCGACACGGUGUACGUUGGAUUCGGACGCGUGACGAAUUUGUUACGCAUAUUAUUUUACUAUUCGUUUAUCUUUCUUCAACGAAAUAUGAUCGACCUGAAAUCAAUGUAUUUUCCAUGCGUGUCCGAAAGUGUUUUUCGGAGCAAGUGAUUUUUAUGAAAAUCGAACUAGCGAAUAUUAUAUUUAUUCUCUUGAACAAAUUUAUUGUGUGUUUUACAAGAAAUGCAGCAAAUUUAAUUGUUUCUAUUUGGCAGAUUUGUUGUAAUACAAUUUUUUUUUCUUGGUUAUUUGUUUUAUGAUCAUUAAGCUCUUUUUUCUAUAUACCAAAGAUGUAGCUGCGAGUGGUCCAACCUUAACAAUACACAACAUCUAUUUGAACUUUGAUGCUGAAAUAUAUUUUAUUAUAUAAUAUUUGUGCUUUUGAAUUCUUUAUCAUUUAUUAUUAUAGAUGACUAUUAUUGUAUGCGUAUAGCACAUUAUAUAUGCAAAGUGUAGGUCAUGCAGAUCGUCUGCACAGUAAUGUAAUGAAUAGCUGUGGGAACUCUAAUAUUAGCACAAAGCUACGUGGAUCUAAGUGUUUGGAGAUACAGGAAGAAACUGUUGGUAAUAAUCGAGCUGGAGAGUUAGAGAAGGGAGAAGUGAAUGUUUUAAACAGUUACAGUAUAAACGAUUUUAAUGCUCCACGUGGCACAUUGGUCAUUUGUCAUAGAAGCACAAACAAUUAUUCCUCCGACCAUAAUUUUUCCAGAUUCAAGCCAAGAAUCGGUGGUGCUCCACGAAAUGAAUUUCGAAUGGCUCGUGGUGGGAGUUCCGGAGAUCGUGCCAGAGGUGCAUUACGGGGUAGAGCUUUUAAAAAGACAUCCAUUGACCGAGAUUCAAAUUCAGAAACCAGCUAUUACCCUACAACUCGACUCAAAUUUCAAGAAUCAUUGAAGAACCAAGAAAAUUCACAAGGAAAAUAUUACGACGAUAAGAGAAUAAAUGAAGAUUCUAGAAUUUCUAAGCUCCUGAGGAAAUUGUGCAGAGAAGAUGAUUAUGACCAUUUUAUAGUGCUAUGCAAGCAAGCACAGGAAGGAAUAAUAGCACCUGAAAAUCAGAGAUAUAUAAGACGAAAUUUAGACAUUAUCUGCGAAAGCCUAUUGGAUAUAUUACAUACAGGACCUGGACCAGACGCAAAACAACAAGUCGCAAAAUGUCUAGGUCGUAUUGGGUAUGCAGCUGAACAGGACUUCAAACGAUAUAUGGAUUGGAUUUUCAACAAGUAUUCAUUGGAACGGAAAGACGAUAUAAAGUGCCUUUUGAUCAAAUCGUUUGUUGAAGUUUUUAAGAUUGACGCAGAGGCACCGAGGCUAAAAGAAUUCUCAGUGUUAAUGAUGUCGCAACUGCAAUCGACACUGGAGAAUGUCGAUCGAUCGGAUUUACUGGUAGCAACUGUAGAUGCAAUAUUGUUAAUAAUGGAAUCUUAUCCUGAAACGUUUUCAAACCAUUUUCGUGAUACAGUUGACAUAUUAGUCGGCUGGCACAUCGAUUCAACUCAGCAAAAAGCAAUUGCAAGCUAUGCUAGCCGUAGUUUACAGAGAUUGCGAACCUUUUGGAUAGCAGACCUACAAUUCACCUUAACGUUAUUAGGACAAUUUUUAGAGGACAUGGAAAGCUACGACGAGGAAUUGACAUUACCAGAAUCUGGCAGAAGUUCACCUGGAGACGAAGUAUCACCGACACCUAGAGAAUGUAUUCUUCGUAUCACGUCUCUGAUUUCAGUGUUUAACACAGUCACGAAAAGUAUAUCCGAGCAUUUGAAUCCGAAUCUUACUCCGAACGUGCAAUGGUCGUUUCUAUCGGAUUGUUUGUCAAAAAUGUUGAAAACCGUUGUGAAAGCAAUCGAAUUGGACGAUUGUAAUGAAACUUGGCUUUCAAAUUUCAUUAUUACACCGGAGAGUGCCGAUGAAUUGUUGAAACGUAUUAGAAAUACAAGUAUUAUUUCGAUUAAUUCUAGCAAGUCCGAGUUAAUCGAGAAAGAUGUCGUUAAAAUGUUUAAAUCGUUGAAUCUUGAUAAAAACGAGCUAAACAAUUUGAAACAAAGCAUCGAAAAGGAGACAUCGUUAAAAGAAAGGGAACCCUUGUUAAAUGUUGUACGAUCGUUGGAAAUGAAAGGAAAGAAAAAAGCUCUGGAUUUAACGGAGGAAAAGGAAGAAUUAAUAGUAACUGCGAACGAAUGCGCCUUUCUCUUGUUGGGGCAUCUUCAAAGUCGCAUUACAAAAAAUCACGAGUUACUCUACAAGUUUAUCGAUCUUCAGUUGAAAAGGAUCAACGUGUUUUGGGACGAUACCAUCAUUUCGAUGUUGAAUACUAUCUCGAAAAUAAUAAAAGAAGUCUCGGCGAACCUACCGCUGGAAUUAGUGCACAAAUUGCUUGGGAAGGAUUCGGUCUUACUCAAAUUGAGAUUUCGCGAUUCUAUUUCUAUUCAAAAUGCCAGUCUCGGAGUGUAUCACAGUCUGCUCAGUUUAAAAAAUAUUCCGUUACUACAGGAAUCGUAUCGAUAUAUAUUGUCCGAUCUGGAGAUCGCUUAUAAGCUUGUCCUAGUGGAUAUUGAAAGUUUGGUAGCAGACAAUCCGUUAGUCGACGACAUAAAAUAUAAAAAGAACGAUGCAGAAGUUGUGGUUAUUUUUUUGCUGCGUGCUUUAUCCGAUAUAGCAAACGCGAGCAACUCGAUCAUCGGCAUGUGGGCAUUGAAGCCGAGCAUUUUGGAGCUGUUGGCGGUGAAACUGAAGCCAUACGAAAGUAGCUUGUCAGUGAGCAGUCCAUUCUUGCAAUACAGUAUCUUGUACUUGUUAUACGCUCAUUGUUCCAGGUAUAAUCACUUCGUGCCGAGCUCGAGUUUAAUAACUGGAACUACCGCUUGUCGUCCGAUAGAUAUGUUCCCGGGUGCGUUGGACGUACCUACUACGUCGCCGACCAGCGGCCAUCUUUCCAUAAUUCUCAAUCUAAUAGCCAAGAGUUACAACGAAUAUACACCGGAACAAACGUUAUUGCUGCUGUCGACGUGGAUGCAAGAAAUCUGUGUACAAUCUGAAAAUUAUAUCGGUAUACUGAGCAAAACAAAAGAAUAUGAGAAUGUUCUGUCGAGUCUUGUUGCCAGCGGAGCUAGCAUCGAUCGAGACAUUUCUGUUGCCGUUUGUGAACUUCUCGAGAUGUUGAUGAGCGCGAAGAAUGUUGCAUGGAGGGAGGAAAUCUAUUCGUGCAUAGUGGAUUUGGCGACGUUACACUUGACCUCGUGCGACGAAGUCGUACGGGAGAAGUAUGGUUCGUUCUUAACGUGCGUGCCUCUGAAUAUAGUAAUACCGAAACUUAACAAGGAAUGCUUGCUAUCAGAAACAAAGAAACAUCAAUGGAUUAAGAAUUAUUCGACCGAGUCUGUAAUUCUUGCUCAGAGACUGCACAUGCGGGGGAACAGUAAUGGAGAGAUGCAAGCUCAACACUUUAAGACUUACAUGGCUUUUCUAUUGCAAGAUCAGCAGCUGGAUGCGUUCGGGCUAUCAGAGAUGUUUACACUUUGCUGGCCAAUCGUGUCCGACAGUGAAACUACGAGAAGGAUGUACCGACUAGGGCUCGCGAAUCGAUCCUUUUUAUAUUUUUGGGCCGGUUUCGAGGCGGCACAACAUUGCGUGACUAACAAACUUCGUACACCGCUGGGAAAGCCGCAAGAAACAUUUACGUCGAUCGAAAGCGCUCUGAAAUCAUUGGCGCGUGAGAUAUCAUACAGUAUGGAAAUAACAAAAAAAGAGAAACGAAGUUUGGAUCAUCUGUUGAGCGAACAUACCCGCGUACGACUUUUGAUCGAAUUUCUCGAGCAUCUCGAAAGAGCCAUACACAACGCGGCGGAAGGUUGCGCGAUUGCUCUGUCGCCACUAUCAAAACCAGUCAGAACGUUCUUUCGAACUAACAAAUCGACAUGCAAGGAAUGGUUGAAUCGCAUUCGACUGGCGUUGUGCGUAGUAUCGUUGCAUUCGGGACUGGCUGGUAGUGGUCUGAGAAACAGCCAAAGAUUGUUGGAGGAUUUGAGUAACAGCGAUAACACGCAGGGUAUCGAAUUUGAAAGGGCAACUCUUUGUACAGCGCAAGCAAUGGUAAUGUUGGGAGAGGCCGAGGCGUUACAAGGGCUUUAUACUUACACCAAGGAGAAGGAGAGAAAAUUCCCGUGGUUGAAGGCCGCAAUGGAAGAAGCCGCGUGUCACUACGAAUCCGCUGCAGAGGCUUACAAAUUGAUCAUCGAGGAGCAAACACGAGCCACGUUCGAUCGAUUGUUAAAAGAUACGGAGCAAGAAGAAGAGGGGGAAGAUGAGAGCGACGGCGGUGUUGGUAGUGGUAUCGGUAUUGGUAUUGGUAUCGACAGCGUUAGCGAAAGCGAUGAUCCUUCUUCGAUCGACGGCAAAGGAAAAAAUGUUAGGCCAGAAGGGGACAAUCAGGUACUUGGUUUUUGCAUGCAACGGCUGUCCAAGUGUUACGAGGCGGUCAGCGAUUGGUCUCGAUUGGAAGCGUGGAAGCUUCAAGAGGCUGAGAUGUUUUGUCGUGAAAAAAAUUCGAUUCUCGAACAACAGACAUCGAUAGAGAAUGGCGAUUGUCGACGAGCAAGGUGUUUGAAGAUGUUCGAAUUUGACGAAACGGUAUAUCUCGACGAUCUGACCGACUGGAAUUUGUUGGAAAAUGGAGCUGGGAAGACUGGGAAUUGGAGCUGUGCAAAAACGUUGGGCGAAUGCAGCAACACGCUAACCAACAUUGCGCUCAGAAUCCGAGCAAACGAUUAUCAGGAUUAUUUUGAGGAGGAGAUAACACGAUGUCGAAGGGUGGCAUCUAAAACCAUGGAGGAAGGUCUUCGAAACUUACCGUCGGAAUAUUUGACCGAGUCGAUAUUGGUACGAUAUUCGACCGAUGGAUUGAAGAGCUUGUUGUUAUCCGGUCGAGAAGAAAACACGUUCGAAUUGUACAAGACUGAGAAGAUCGAUCGUAUGGAUUCGAACGUUCUGACACGAAUUCUAUGGUGGUCGGAAUAUUUUGGUAGCGCGAGGGAGAAAGACAGCUCCAAAGGACGGCCGAGCAGCGGUAAUACUUUGUCGAGCGAGGUGGCCGAUUUACGGUUGCAUAUUGUUCGUACAGCCCGAAAGGAAGGCAACUUCAAGCUGUCGAAACGUGAACUUCUCAAUUACCUGCGAUCCGAACGGGAGAUUUGUCGAAUCGAGGAAGUAAAGAGGGGCGAGGAACGAUUCGAACGCGUCGAUCUAGAUUUCGAUCGAGUCACCGACGAUGUCUUGAAGAACGUGAUGCGCGUGAAAUGGUCGAAGAAUAAUAUGCGCGCGUUCCGCGAAUGUUCAAAAUUAUUGUACGACAUGGGGCGCGUCGAUAAAGCGUUGAAAGUUUGCAGCGCGACCGCGCUUGGUAUAUCGCGAGCCAUCAUCGACGGAGAACGUUCGACCGAUUUACGAGAGAACGGGACAAGACUUCUACUCACUCUCGGUAAAUGGAUACAACAGGAAGCCGGAAGUACCGAAAACAAUCAGUUGGAUCAGUUGCUCGAAUUCGAAGCUGUGCACAACGACGGCUUGAUGAACAAGCUAUUCGGACCAACCACAGAUUCGAUACCUACCUCGGACAUGAUAAUUGGCAGAUUGAUGCAGCUAGGUGUAAAUCAAUGUCCGGAUUUACCGGUCGCGUGGUCCAGCUUCGCUGGAUGGUGCUACAAAUGGGGAAGAAAAAUCGUGGACAAUUCGAAUUCCGAUCGACUCACCGACUCCGACAGAACUACCAUACGGGAUCUCUUACCGUUCGACACGGACGAGACCGACAUGAUCGCGAUUUUUUCUAUUCUGAGUCAAAGCAAAACGAUACCAGAAGACGAGGGCGACAUAACGGACACGUCCAAUGAUGUAAACACGUCCGAUAUGAUAGAGAAUCAGCUACGAACCGUUCCGGCAUUGAGUCGCGCGAGUUCCGAUCGCCUCGGGAUGCUCGUUGAUAUCUGGAAACAGGCGCAGAAACAAAUUUAUUCGUAUUACGAGCUCUCCGCGAACGCGUAUUUCAAGUAUUUGCAACUAGCUGCGAAUAAGGAGACCAAUCAUUGCGACACUAUAACAGCCACGCUCAGAUUGUUGCGUCUGGUCGUGAAGCAUGCUCUCGAGUUGCAAAAUGUUCUCGAGUCUGGACUCUCGUCGACACCUACGGCCCCGUGGAAGGAGAUAAUACCGCAGUUAUUCUCGAGGCUCAGUCAUCCCGAGUCUUAUGUACGCACACGGGUCUCGGAGCUGUUGUGCAGAGUCGCGGAGAAUUCGCCGCACUUGAUUACUUUCCCCGCGGUAGUGGGAGCGGUUUCCGGCCAGAGAAAGAAUUGCGAUAAGAUUCUCUAUGAGAAGACGGGCACUGGUCGAUCCACGCGGAACGAUUUAGGUUUUAUCGAGGAGGAGGGCGAAGAGGAAGAGGACGCGGUUGUUGAGGUCGAGGAAGAGGAGGAGGAGGAGGAUGAGAUCGCUGGCGAGAACUCGGCCGCGGUGUAUCAGUAUCAGGACGAACACGAGAAAUUUAUGGAUUGUUGUUUCUCCCAAUUAGCCGACUGCCUCUCGAACCGAGUCCAGGAUUCCGUUGAACAAAUAAAAAUAUUGGUCAAAGAAUUGCGUCGUAUCACGUUACUGUGGGACGAACUAUGGUUGGCAACUCUCUGCCAGCAUCACACCGAGAUCUCCAAGCGAUUCGAGCAGCUGGAGAUCGAGGUGCAAAAGGUACAGGAUAACGUUUGGUUGUGCACCGAAGAAAAAGACAGUUUGAUCGCCGAAAAGCAUAGGAUUAUAUUGAAGCCGGUAGCGUUCAUACUGGAGAAUCUUUCGGCUAUGACCUCCGUUCCGGCUGAAACUCCGCACGAGAAGAAUUUUCAAGAAAAGUUCGGUCCCUCGAUCGAAGAAGCGAUAAACAAGCUUACCAAUCCUAAGAACCCUGCGAAGCCGCAAAUCGCGAGUCUGUCGUUGAAGCAGCUGGAAAGCAAGUUAGCCCAACGCGUGCACAGACGUGCUGCUUAUUCUCUGUCUAUGAACGAUAUCAGUCCGGUGUUGGCAAACCUGAAAAACACGUGUAUCGCAAUGCCGGGCGUUGCUGCCAACGAUAAUAAAGUUGUUACCAUCCAAUCCGUUGAUAAUAACGUCCAGAUAUUGCCGACCAAGACCAAGCCUAAGAAGCUCAUUUUUCAUGGUUCCGAUGGACACGUUUACACGUAUCUGUUCAAAGGAUUGGAGGACCUUCAUUUGGACGAGAGAAUUAUGCAGUUCUUAAAUAUAUGUAACACUAUGAUGUCGAAGAAAGGCGAUUCAAAACAAGUGUACAGGGCACGACAUUAUUCGGUUAUACCGUUAGGUCCGCGAUCCGGUCUUAUACAAUGGGUCGACGGCGUCACGCCCUUGUUCGUUCUUUAUAAGAGAUGGCAGCAAAGGGAGAACGCAAUGACCAAUAAAACCGGCAGCGCGGCUAUUUUGCGACCGUCUGAGCUGUUCUACAAUAAACUGACGCCGUUGCUGAAAGAACGAGGAAUUGGUUUGGAGAAUAGGAAAGAAUGGCCCAUUCAAAUUUUGAAGCAAGUCUUGGCCGAGUUAAUGGCUGAAACACCGAAGGAUUUAUUGGCAAAAGAGAUUUGGUGCAACAGCAUAAGCGCUGGAAGUUGGUGGCAGGCAACCAAAAAUUAUUCCUAUUCGGUCGCCGUAAUGUCGAUUAUCGGUUACAUCAUCGGUCUCGGUGAUAGACACUUGGACAACGUGCUGGUCGACCUGAAUACAGGAGAAGUUGUGCAUAUCGAUUACAACGUUUGCUUCGAAAAAGGAAAAACGUUACGCGUGCCGGAAAAGGUGCCCUUCAGAAUGACACCUAACAUCAGGACAGCGUUAGGGGUAACUGGUGUCGAGGGUAUAUUCCGUCUAGCCUGCGAACACACGCUUCGAGUGAUGCGUCGAGGACGCGAAACCCUGCUUACUUUACUCGAGGCAUUCGUAUACGACCCGUUGGUGGAUUGGCGAGCUGGCGCGGACAACAGCAUCGCGAGUUACGGAGCAUGCCAGGCCAGAGCGAGGUGCACAGGUAUAGGAAGAAAACAGUUGGAACAGGAACUUACGCGGGCAAUGUUUGCCGUUCGAACGGCAGAGAUGCGUGCCGCAUGGUUGGCAAAUAGGGAUGAACUGAUGAAAGUGUUUCCGGCUCUGUGUCACCGUUUGAACUGCUGGGUGGAUGCGAUCGACGCCACUCGUCAGUGUCAGGAUUUGCUACAAGACAGGCACCAACAGCUCGCUUUGGUCAAAGAAGCACAGGCAAUGGGACGCAAUCACCCGCUGUACUCGGUGAUAAAGCGUUACAACUCUUUUAAAAGAGCACGCGAUGCUCACGAAAAGGCGAAAACUGGAUUAAAGGAAAGAAUAGAAGAUUGUGAAAAACAAAUUAAUAUGCACAAUUUGGCACUUUCGGCGGUUAGGGGUCUCCAAUUGGGACAGUGGUUAGCAGAAUUGGGAACGUCUGCCAAUCAAGAGGAUCACGUGGUGUUCGAUUUGGUCAAGGAAUUUUUGCAGAAUGCUGGUCAAAGUCAAAUGAUUCUCCAAUGCGAGCAAUCGGAAAACGAGUUGACACAAUUAGCUACUCAACAGUCGAUUUUGAUACGAAGUUGUUUGGAUCUUCUAAGUCAGUAUUCGGCAAUUUGCAGACUAUAUCCAUUAAGCAUUAUGUCGCAACAUCGUACGGUUCUUUACCACGGUUGGGCCAAUGAGCUCUUGAAUUCGGGAAGCGUCGAGGCUUGUCGCGAGGUCAUGGCACAGUUCGAAAAUACUUUCGAUCCGCUAAAGAGCUCGAAUAGUCAGCAAGUGCAACAAAUAAUAACGUUCUCCUAUCAGAUGCAAGGUAUUCUGAACGAGGCAAACGAGAGACUGAAGAAAGCAUACGAAAGAAUGGUGUCGGAGGGCUUGCCCGAGUCGAUUGGUCGAAUAGAAAAAGCGUACACAGAGUCGAGAGUGCAGAUACAGAGUUUCUUGAGGCGAGAAAAGGGGGCAGAAAGGGCGCUCGAAUGUGUUAACAUAACUGCUCUGUGUGCUCUAAAUAAAAGAUAUUUGAUGAUGGAAGGUGCUGCAAAGUGUGCGGGUGACUGUUUGGUUGAUCUUACAUCUAGGGAAGGGGAUUGGUUUUUAGAUGAAAUGCGUCUUAUGUCGUCGUUGAUCGCUGAGUUGAUCAGCUUGAUACCCGAGUGUCACAAAGCGAAUAACGACCCCAAGAUAUCUAUCGUCCUCAAGUGCUUGAGGGGAUCCGAUUGCAUCUACAAGGGGCUGCAAGAGCUUAAUUACAAUUUCCACACCAUUAUUCUGCCGGAGGCGAUGAAAACGAUCAUAACGGAAGAGCCAACUGUGAUCAGGAUGAUCGGCGAACUGACCGAGAUCAUUGUGUCACCCGGUGUACCGCUCGGUGAAAUUUUGGGACAGUUGGAGAUGCAUUUGAGAUUCACUGUUAUGGAAAUGGAAAGUCCUCACGCAAUGAUACAAAGCGUAGUAAACAACAUGAGAUUGCGAUUCGAAGCGUUGCUAUCCCGACCGGCUGAGAUUCAGGAACCGAAUCAAGACGAGACUUUGACCCCCGGUCAAAUGUUGUUGAUGGGCUUUAACGGAUUAUUCGAGAAACUCCAAAUGGAGGGCAACGCGUUGAUAGCUACUCUGAGUACGCUCGAUAUUCCAGGUGCGUGGAGAAAAAUCGACCAAAUUCGGGAAGCAAAGGAAAUGUCCGCACCCAUAUUCAACAAGGCAGCCUGCCAGGUUCUAGAGGACAUAUUUCUGGUCAAACGAUUGCACACUAUACAAGAGUUUUUUAUGAUGUGCAGAGAUAUCGCAACCGCAUUCAAGGGUGGUUUAGCUAAUGUUUACGACGAUGAAAGGCUUAAUAAACCGAUAAGAAUCUUUACAGCGGAUUACGUGUCAAGGCAACUGCUUGGAGUUACGUCUCAAACACUUGCCAUCGCGCUUUGCCUCUUACUGCAAAGAAUGGGAUUGAGCGUUACCACCGAGAUCGAACAGAGGGACAUCGGGGCUGAGAGUAAAGUCUCGUUGGAGGAACUGUGUAGAAAGGUUGUUGAUUUAUGCCUGAAAAGGGGAUCGUUCUCGGGAUCCGUGCUCGCACAAGCCAGCGCGCUUAGUAGCACCCUUGAGAGCACUUGGCGAAGAAAACAAAGCAGCAGAUUAGCUCAGCAAAACGUUGAGGCGGCGAGAGCAAGCAUGCAGAGACUUCAGCUACAGCUAACUGCUCAUCACUGGUUGCACGAAGACAGUUUGCUCUUGAGAUCGAACCUCAAUCUACUAAAUCCUUUGAAUCGUUCAGCGUUCAUGUUAGAAUUACGAAAAACAGCCGCGGCGCUCUCGAGUUUACAGUCUCGCGUAUGCGAAACACGGGAGCAACAACAAAAUCUUGUCUCUAGUGCAGUGCAACGUUUGAAGUGGGCCGCGGGGGCGAAUCCGGCCCUCGGGGAAGUGAUGUCCGCGUUUGACAACGCCGUGCUUUCUUCUUGCGAGAAGUUGACCCGGCAGCAAAAUCUUGCAUCCAGUGUCGUUAAUACGUGCAAUUCUAUAUUGCACUACGAGGCUUUAAGAACCAGAACGUCGGAGAGCGUGACGCAUGAUGCGAAUUUCGCCAAGUUGGUCAAGCAUUGGGAAGAAAGCUGUAUUUUAACAAUGAAUCUAACCAUUACCGUUACCGCGAUCGAGGAGAGCCUGGUCGAAUUGCUGCAAGUGGAUUGCAACGUUGACAUAAACUGGUUGAAGCACGCGGAAAGAUUUAUUUCCGAGGCGAUACUAGACGUUCAGAAGGAACUCCAAGAGAAGCAAGAAUGUUUGCUAGCUGCUCAGGAACACUUGAGGGAGCAGGUCAGAAAUUUACAACUCGUCUUGUCCGAACAUCAUAUAUUGAUGUGGGACGUACGGAUUUUAUUGCGAACAAUGACCAAGCAAGAAAAUAUCGACGGCUUGCAAGAAUUUCUCUCGUCGUAUCGGUCUUUUACCGAAAGCGUGUCAUCGAUCGUCAAGGAACUUGAAUCAGACAGCCUCGACGCAGCUAGAGGUAGAACGAUCAAAGAAGAAUUGGAGAAUAUGGCGGUCACGGUGCCGAGUUUGUACAGCGAGUUGCUAGAGUUUGCGAACGAGAGGAGGACGAAUUCAGCAAAGAUGCUAGAGAAGCAGAAAGAAACCGAGAAAGCGAAUGAAAAGGGGCGAGAAAGAGAGAACGAGAUUGGGGCCGAGGCUGUAACCGAGAACGAGACCGAGACUGAAACUUCGGCCGUCGUUAUGACAAAAAAGAAAGGAAAGUUGACCAGGCAAGAGGGCGUGUGUUACAGCCCGAAAAAGGGAGUUCCGUUGGCCAGAGAUCCGACUACGGGCAAAGCUGUUCAAGAGCGGAAUGCUUACGCGUUGAACGUAUGGCGUCGCGUACGAAUGAAACUGGAAGGACGUGAUCCACAACCGACACGCAAAUACACCACGGCCGAACAGGUGGAGUACGUGAUACGCGAGGCUCAGAGCACCGACAAUUUAGCCCUUUUGUACGAGGGUUGGACACCGUGGGUCUGAACGAAAGGAGGUUGACGCGAUCGCGUCGAUGGUUCAAUGCUCGUUACACACGGUACUAGAGUUCGUACCGUCCUUCGCUCUACGCUCGAUGGAGCCAGCUCUCUGUUCGACCAGGUGUGAAGUAACUUCGUCGUCACCUGGAAGAGAAAGUCUAUGCCCGCAAGGAUGCCGUGCAAGUUCGGCAACGCGUGCCUAAAUACAAGGAAAAAUCCUGCGCGAUCAGCGACUCACGAUCGAACUUCGAUUCUGGCACUGAUUCUAUGAUUAUCUCAAUAAUCUCUCGUCUACGCCGCGUACUGUGCAAUUCCAUAGAGGUCCAUUCCUUUUUUGCUAGUUUCCACUGGUCAACGUACUCUCGUCAUAUUUUCUUUCGUAAGGCGAUUGAUUAAAACAACUACCAAACGAUAAUUAUUUAUUAAAAGUGGACUGACGUGCAAUACAAAUAAAAGCACAUUUGAGGAAAGAGUCAACGGCACUUAUCAUCGCAAUAUUGAACGACAGUCAUUUGUUAUUGAAUCCGCUAUUUGUUGACGUGUUGGGAAUGGCUUUAAUGUUUAAAUGUCGACGAUAGAUUUGGGAAAAGCAUAGAAUCUGUCGCAUCUUUGGAAUAACGAGACGACUGAAAGUUCAGUCGACGAUGCGGAGAAACUCGAUGACGAUUAACGCGUCGACGGUGACGACACUCGAGACUCUUAACGAGAACAUCUAUGACGCGUUGUCUGCCACGAACGUUAUUCGUUCGAAGAAACGGUCCUUCUCCGAGUUUAAAUUUAUUUUAUUUCGCGAUUCACUCAUAAAAUUUCCCUAGUAUCUUAGCAAACGUACGUAUCGGUCGGUCGGGGUCGAGUCUUACGACUGUAAACCAAUUUUUGGAGAACGUGUGUAUCAUCACUGUUAACGAGUGAUUAGAUUUAGAGUUUGAGUUCACAGCGGGACCAACAACGACGUCACUAUCGAGUCUUGUAUAAAAUAAACGAGGUUCAUUGUUGAGACGCCGGAAAUGAAAAGCCAAGCAUUAUUACAAUUCAAUGUAUUAUCAAUAUUGGUGCUUUUAUUUAAUCUGAUUAUAUAUAUCUAAAUUUUUCAUCGAUAAUGUAGACGCAUUAUAUUCGUCCUCGUUUGAUUCUUAUUAUUCUAAUAGUAAUAAUUUCAAUGCCUGGCUAGUUUUCCGCUCGAAUACAACAGUUUUUACAUUUUAUGCAAAGUUUACACUUAUUAUUCGGUAAAAUCUGCAAUUUCAAUGUUUCUCGCACAGGAUGAACAGUCGCCUGUUUCAAGUUUUUUCCCACCGUUUUCUGUAAUAACAUCAUUUGAUUAACAAUCAUUGUACCAUCGCGCCUCUGUAACAACGGUCGUAAUAGUCGAUCGCCGAUCUACGAUAGUUUGAAAUAGAGAGAACGCAAAGUAGAAAACGUGAAUGUCGCUGCAGAUAUUCAAGAGAAAGAAACAUGUUUCUUUUUGCGUAAUAGGUAAAAAAAAAAAUACAUCAAUUCGAAAGAGCACUCGAACGUCUCGCGUUUUUCUCUUUUUCGUUUUUUUUUUAUUUCCGUUUGUUACGAGGGAAAGGACCAGAGAGAAGGUCGCACUUUGUAACCAAUAAAGUUUACGGUAUAUAUAAAAAUAAUGAGAAUGAUCUAUUCCCUUCGGUUGAAUUACUCUUUCCAGAAACAUUCUUACCUACGGUUCAUUUACCUUGGAUCUCUUAUUUUCGAUAUGGUAACC